UUACAUUUAAUAGAACUAUGUUUUAAUUUUCACAUACUUUCAACCUACUAGAUUAAUGAAAUAAAUCACGGCCAUCGGGUAAUAAACACUAGGAAAUGAUAAUUUAACAUUAUUGUUUCUCAAGCACAAAAGGCAAGAUAUGGCAUUUAGGCAUUCUGGUUCUGCAGAUGAUCUGUUUCGACCAAACAAUCCCAAAGGACUCCGAUCAAGAGACUUAAGUAGCACAAGGCUAACUGAAUUGAAAAAAGAAAUACACACAGAUUUGCAUCUCAUGCCCUUAUCAAAUUUGUACUCACUACUGGGCACCGAUCCAACAAAUGGACUGACUGCAGGGAGAGCUGCUGAAUUAUUAGAUUUCUAUGGUCCGAAUAGGCUUACCCCAGCGACUCAGGACGGAUGGUUAUCAAUUCUUUUUAAAUCAUUAUGUACAGGUUUUUCAAUUUUGAUUUGGCUGGGCGCUUCUUUAUGUUUAAUCGCAUAUCUGAUAGAGACCUCGACGAAGCCUACAGCCAGUCUUGAAAACUUGUAUCUUGGCUGUGUUCUCAUUGGCGUCGAUCUUAUAUGCGGAUUGUUUAGUUUCUACCAGAACCACAAAAGUUUAAAAAUUAUGAAGACAUUCAACAGCAUGAUUCCUUCCUACACUAGUUGUAUCCGCGAUGGCCUACUGUACGUAGACACUCCGGUGGUCGACCUAGUCAAAGGCGACGUAGUCAAAAUAAAAGCUGGAGAUGUUGUGCCUGCAGAUAUCAGAAUAAUAGACAGUAAAGGAUUCAAAGUUGAUAACUCUUCAUUAACUGGCGAGAGCAUAGCUGUGCCUCGCAGUAACAGUGAAGGAGUCGCCAACAUAUUGGAAUCGCCAAAUGUUGCAUUUUUUUCUACUCAAUGCGUUGAAGGCUGGGCAAUGGGUGUUGUGAUAUGUUGUGGCGAUUUAACAGCAUUAGGCCGGGUUGCGGGCCUGGUGGCUCGGCUACGACCAGCGCCAUCGCCACUGUCCAGAGAAAUUAAACGUUUUAUGCGUUACGUGUCCAUCUGGGCUUUGGGCCUCGGAUUGAUGAUUGCUUUUGCUUCUUUGAUGCUGGGAUAUCCUUUUAUGCAAACGUCCAUUUUCGUUAUUGGUAUUAUAGUAGCGAAUGUUCCGGAAGGUUUGCAACCAACAAUCACGGCGUCGCUCACUUUAACAGCCCAGAACAUGGUAAAAAAGAACUGCCUUGUAAAGAAUUUGGAAGCUAUAGAGGCAUUGGGUGCAUGUAAUGUAAUCUGUUCGGAUAAAACUGGGACGCUCACGGAGAAUAAAAUGUGUGUACAGAAUGUAUGGAUGGCAAACAAGACUUAUCUGAUUACUGACUACGAAUUCACAAGUGAUUUGCAUAAAAUAUUUAUCUAUUUGUAUACAGUAAAAACAUGUUUACCGACUUAUAAGUACUACUACAUUUAUGAAUUAUUCCACUUUCAUCUUUGUAACUUCUUCCUAGCGUUUGCUGCAAUUAAAAUAUGUGGUGCAUUAUGUACUAGUGCCAGAAUACAACUUGAAGGUGAUAUCCAAGGCGACGCAUCUGAAAUAGCAAUUUUAAAAUUUUUGAGAAAAUACGACAAUAUUACUUCCAUAAGGGAAAGAUAUCCUAAAAUCGCUGAAAUACCUUUCAACUCUACCAAUAAAUAUCAAGUAGGAAUUCACUUUGUAACAUCGGCAUCAAGAUAUUUGCUGGUGAUGAAAGGUGCACCAGAAUGCAUAAUACCUCGCUGUUCAACAGUUUUAUUUGAAAGGAAAACUGUCGACUUUUCUAAGGAAUUGCAGGAAGCAGCAGAAAAAUCAUGCGACACAUUAGCUAACACCGGAGAAAGAAUUCUAGCAUUCGCUGAUCUAUUAUUGGAUCCAAAUAAGUUUCCUUUGAAUUAUGAAUUUAAUGGAGAUGAGAUCAAUUUCCCUUUGGAAAAUUUACGUUUCAUUGGCAUGAUGGGCCUUAUAGAUCCACCGAGGCAAGAGGUAAGAGAAUCAAUCGCAAAGGUCCGCGCGGCUGGCGUGCGAGUGAUGAUGGUGACAGGAGACCACCCGUCCACGGCGCGGGCCAUCGCUAGGGAAGUCGGCAUCGCCACGUCGCCAGCAUGUCACGUCGUCACGGGCACGGAGUUAAGGAAUAUGACGUCGGAAUUACUGUAUUGGACUCUUGAAAAACAUUACGAAAUUGUUUUCGCACGCACGUCUCCAACUCAAAAGCUUCAGAUAGUAGAGGCAUGUCAGCGCUGCGGGAAUGUUGUGGCGGUCACUGGCGAUGGAGUCAACGACGCGCCAGCAUUACGAAGGGCAGACAUCGGGAUAUCUAUGGGCAUCACUGGAUCUCAAGUAUCCAAACAAACGGCCGACAUUAUUUUGAUGGAUGAUAACUUUGCUACUAUUGCUGUUGGAAUUGAAGAAGGAAGAAGAAUAUUCGACAAUUUAAAAAAAUCUGUUUGCUACAUUUUAAUAUCGAAUGUGCCGGAAAUACUUCCGGUCAUGAUGUUCAUUCUAUUUUCUAUACCAUUGCCUUUAGGUGUAAUGACUAUACUGUGCGUUGAUUUGGGGACGGAUAUGUGGCCAGCAGUGGCGCUGGGGCAUGAGAUAGCAGAGUCGGAUGUAAUGGCGCGACCGGCCCGAACCUCGGAGCCUCUCGUCUCUUCCAAGAUGCUAAGACUCGUCUACGGUCAUCUGGGCUUGAUGGAAUUUUGUGCUGGAAUGUAUGCAUACUUCAUGGUCAUGGCGAUACACGGAUUUUAUCCAGCAAAAUUAUUUGGAAUAAGAAGGGACUGGGAUGACGAAUCUGUCAGUGACGUCAAGGAUUCUUUAGGUCAAGAGUGGACCUAUCCUGAACGAAAAGAGUUGGAGCGCGCUUGUCAAGCGUCCUACUUUGUGGCUGUAGUUAUGACACAAGUUAUGAAUGGAGUCAUCUGCAAAACUAGAUACAACUCGGUGUUUCACGUUGGUAUGCGUAACAGAGUUCUAAACCUAGGACUGGCGUUCGAACUACUACUAGCGUGCAUUAUUUGCUACGUACCGGGAAUUAACGGUUUCUUCCGGGCGUACCCAAUAAAAUGGCAAUGGUGGUUCUUGGCACUACCAUUUUCUGCACUGAUGUUUGCAUUUGACGAAUUCCGAAAAUAUUGCAUUCGACAUAAAUUACUUGGAGGAUGGUAUAAUGAUCUGACAUAUUACUGAGUCAAUAGGUUCUUAUGUAAGUACUUAGGGUAAUUAAGCCACCAUGUUAAGGUGUGAAGAUAUUCUAUGAAAAGAGUUUCCAGAUUUAAUAUGCUUUUAUUUUUUAUUUGCCACAUCUUUGAUCCCACAAAACUUCCCUUUCCAACAAAUAUGACAAAAGCACUCUGUGAUAUUUACAUGACAUAUUUCUCAAAUUCAUAAAAGAGUUACAUAAUCUUUGUUUAGAAAAGUUUAAGAGUUUGUUUAAAAAGUAAGUAGAGUAACGAAGAAACAAAAUCUUAUAAAAAUAUAUGAACGCUCAUAUAUUUUUAUAAGAUUUUGUUUCUUGUGCCGUGUGGUUUACGGCACCAUUCGAAAAAAAAGAAUAGGAUCACUUCAUCUCUUUCCCAUGGAAGUUAUAAAAGGCGACUAAGGGAUAGGCUUACAAACUUGGGAUUCUUUUUUAGGCGAUGGGUUAGCAACCUGUCACUAUUUGAAUCUCAAUUCUAUCAUUAAGCCAAAUCGCUGAACGUGGCCAUUCAGUCUUUACAAGACUGUUGGCUCUGUCUACCCCGCAAGGGAUAUAGACGUGAUUAUAUGUAUACAUACGUAUGUAUGUAAUUUGUUUCUUAAGUGCAAACAUUUUGAAUACGUAAGUACUUAAAAAUAAAACUUGCUUCUAUAUUAUUCUGAUGGCCUUUGCCUGUGUAUUUGACUUUAUUUGUUGUUUGGGUUAAUUUGCUGAUUUAGAACUCCAUUUAGUUCCUUGUUCAUCUAUCUAUAAUUAUGAUAUGUUUGUCUCCACACAUCUGGUAUCUACGUUAUUUUAUUUUCGUAAUUGAACACAUUUGAGUAGGUAUACCUAUACCAGUCAACUUUAUCAGUUUCUAAUUUAUUUGUAACUGACUUUUCACACAAACUCUUAUAAUUUUGUUGAUAAGGCACCAUAAACGACACCCAAACUUCAAUUCUUGCAAGUAACGCAUCCCUUAUCCAAAUGAAAUGGUUAUCAACGUUCCAAUUUGUGGCUUACGAACUUACCAAUCAAAAAAAGAAUAAUUACUAAAAUCUAUAUACAUUCAAAUUCUAUAGAAAAAAUACAAUACUCAUAUAGAAAAAUUGCAAACAGUAGUACUUAAGUAUAUUUGAAAAAAAAAACAGACUAAUAAAUUUAAAAAUCCGAUGAUAAUAGACAUUAUUUCAUAAAUACCUACCUAGUAUAUAUUUAUUAGGUGCUUUAUGUAGUAGCUGGCUUACCACCUGCGAGCCUAAAAUUGUGUCAGUUCAGUUACCAGCGUCAAAAAUAACUUGGGCAACGCAACGGUAUCCCUCGAGCUGUGCUCCAAUACACAAAGGGCCAUGA